AUGGGCGGCUGCAUAGGAAUAACUAGAAGCAGAAGUGGGCCCAUAGAAGAAUCGUCGGGAACCGUGUCACGGCCUAAUUCGGGUGGAUUACGGAAGAACCAGUCGCUGUGUCAUGAGACUAUACGAUGGAAAUCUGACGUGCCAUUGACUGAAGGCCAAUUAAGGAGUAAACGAGAUGAGUUCUGGGACACGGCUCCGGCUUUUGAAGGUCGUAAAGAAAUAUGGGAUGCCUUACGGGCGGCGGCGGUUGCUGCAGAAGCAAUGGAUUUUCAAUUAGCCCAGGCUAUUCUUGAUGGAGCAAGUGUGUCAGUGCCUAAUGGAUAUCUCACAGAGUGCUAUGAUGAAUGGGGGACCAGAUACCAGGUACCAAUAUACUGUCUAUCGGCACCAAUAAACAUGGUGAAGGAGGCGAGCGGCAGAGACUCGCCGGCCGAGUGCUCAGAGCCGGUGGAGGGCGGCGUGUCGCUGGCGCUGCGCCUGCGGCUGUCCACGGGCGGGCCCGACCUCGACCUGCCGGUGUGCUCGCGGCACACGAUAGCGCACUGCAAGGCGAAGUUACAUGCUCAAGAGAACAUCGAGCCGUACAGACAGCGCUGGUUCUACGGCGGCAAGCUGCUGGGCGACAAGCUGCCGGUGGAGGACGCGCGCAUCACGCCCGGCUACGUGGUGCAGGUCAUCGUGGGCGACCAUCACCCGCCGCCCUCGCCGCCCUCGCCGCCGCCGCCCAGC